AUUUUUGAUAUAAUUCGGGAAAAUGAAGAACGGAAAGACAAUAAUCAUUAAUGGAGAAGACGUCAGCACAAUUGGUGCUGGUUUUCGAAUUUCAAGGGAAUCCAAACCUGAAACAAGGCUCAAGCCACUCCUACAAAUCGGAUCAAAGCAAUACCUCACUAAACAAAGAAAUUAUACAAUUUCGAAAAGAAAAAAUUCGGUUAAUUCUGAAUAUGAUGAUGUAUGUGUGUCUUCCAGGAUGCCUCAAAGAGAGCUAAAAGGAGAAUUUAUGACCAGGAGGAAGUCUAGAAAAAGCAGGAAAUUUGUCGGUAAUCAAUACUCCAGUCUUAUGAACUACUCUAACCAUAAGAAGGAAUCCAAGAGCAAUUCCAGGCUUGCCAAAGUCUGAAGUUCGUUUGAAGUUGAGAGAAUGAAGCAAAGAGAAAUAGAAUCUGCUAUAAAGAGGAGAUACUUAAUGAGGAUAAAUAAGUCUGCAGCGAAACUUCACGAUGACGAGGACCUCUCUUGGAUUAAGGAUUGCUUAGAAACAUCAGAGGAGAAUGCAUCUCCUUCUCCACCUCCAAGAUUCAAACUUAAUCUGGUAAACCGGAUGGGGUGAAUUUCUGAAAAAUAAAUACCAGAUUCAUAAGCUGUUACACAAGAUCUUCCAUGAACACAAAUUUGGUAGAAAGAAGUUGAUUAACAAAAACUGGAGACAACUAGCUGAGACCCCAAGUACCUUAGACAUUCUCAAGAAAAAGGAGAAGGUAAACCGCAAAAAUCUGCGCAAAAUCAGGAAGCUUCUGCAGAGAAGAAUAAAGGCACAGAAGUCGAUCUAACACCUCAUCCCCUCUGAAAUGGCCCAAAUAUAAGCGUUAAGUUACAUUUAAUGUAUUU